GUUAAUUUCUAAAACUAAUUUGUCUCAAAUGGUUAUUAGAUCUAAGGUUUAGGAGAAAUAGGGUGAGCUGGGAAAUCUAUUUAUUGCUCGUUGGAUAUCUGAUUUUUAGGUUUGAAUUUAUUUUCAUACGUUUUUUUACCCCCUUUUUCUAUACUCCACAGUCAAGUCGUACAUUGUUGUUUCACUUUUUUUUGUCCUUUCAUUUUUAACAUUCCUUUUAUUGGUUGGUUGGUUUUACUUGUAAUGGUCAUUGUGAAUGAGUUUGCUUUGGAUAGUAAAACUUAAAACCAAGAAUUUUACUUUUUAGUCGGUGGAAAUCUGGAAGCUUUUGAGCUUUAGUGCUUUCUAUAGAAUUUGGCCUCCAUUUCUACUAAUAGCCCUCAUAUCAUCCUUUUCACUUUGAUGCUAAAGUUCCAUUCUUUUCUUCUUCUUUGAGAAGAUCAAAGGGAAAAGCUUAAGUCUUUAGAAUCUUUUUGCUUCCAACUCAUGAAAUUUGGCUCCUUUUUCCCUUGAAAUAUUUGGUGGAAGCAAUUGUUGAGCAUGAGGAAAUAUGCCAAUUCUUAUUCAGGAAGAGUAUUUAAUGAUAAAAAUUUGAAUUCUCACGCGGUAAGGGUAUUUGGCGACAGAUAUUGGAAAAUACCAUUCUUUGUGAGCUUGCUUGUGUCUAUUACUCUGUUCACAACAACUAUUUUUGGGUUAUAUCCAUCAUUAUAUGGAAGAGAUCAAAUGCAAUUGAAUAUGGUUUCUUCUUUUGCUAGGCCAGCAGAAUCGGAUGGAUAUUUUGUGGAAUCCGAUUUCCAGUCAUUUCAAUCAAAUGGCUUUGCGAAAAGUGAACCACCUAGAUUUGCUUAUCUCAUAUCAGGCACAAAGGGUGACAGUCCCAGAAUGAUGAGGACUUUGCAAGCGGUUUAUCACCCAAGGAAUCUGUAUAGACAAUCAGUUUGACGAGCCCUCAUAGAAGAUGAGGUUA